AUGCCAAUACAGCCAACCACGAGCCGUGAGCGCAGCAGAUGCGCGAAAGCUUGUGUGAACUGCAGGCGUCGCGUCGUCAAUGAAUGCAAUUUCGCUCGCUCGCCCCCACGUCCUCCGAGCUCACCUUCAUCCGUCGAGAGCUUGCCCGGCAAUGCGAGGGACCCAAACCAGGACCAAGACCAGAGCCUGCAAGGUCUUGAGUCAGGGUCACCUGCUCCUGACCCCGUGGCAAGUAGACAUUCCGAUCGACUUGAGGAGUCAAGCUUGCCCCCUAACUUACAUGUAAUUAAUUGCUUCCGAACCCCCCCAGACCCUCGUCUAUCAAGAUUGUUCCAAGAUGGGCACGGCAAUUUGAUGUUUAUGGGCGACUCGGCCAACCUUUCUUUCCUGCAAGUCAUACGCCGUUUGGUAUGCGAUUCACUUGGCCCUCAUCUCUUUCCAGAUGAACCCUUAUGGCACCUCCUCGUGGAGGCAGCACCCGCGGCCCAGUCGGACUGGAUCCAAGAAAUGGCGAAUCAACCUCCUCUUCGACCUACGGUGGACAAGGCCCGAUGCCUCAUAAGCUGGUAUUCAUAUGCGACCAACUCGGUGCUUCAACUGUACGAUCAGCGUGAGCUCAAUGAGAUGGUAUCUCGAUGGCUGCAAAUCGAGCAGGACGGAAGACAGCAAAAAGCCACCAGCGCCGUUUUAUUUCUUGUCUUCGCCAUCGGCGCACAGACAUGCCCUGGAGAUCAAGAGGACGAAGCUGAGCGAUACUUCAACUACGGGAGAUUCCUCGCCAUGUCAGGAGACCUGGGAAUUUCGACUAUCCAGGCCAACAUCCUCAUCACUUUAUACCUCUUGGGAGCCUCACGGAAGAACGCAGCCUACGUCUACCUGGGUACUGCAGUGCGUACCUCUUAUGUGCUGGGUCUGCACAGUCACGAUGUAAAUGUCCUCUUUGACCCAGCUGAGUUCACCCGACGAGAGAAGCUCUGGACAGUACUGCGCAUACUCGACCUAUUCAUGAGCGCAUCACUCGGCCGGCCGCCGUCAACCCUCGAGACGCGGGAUACAGCCGCAAAGGAAAACUACUCGACCGCCAAUGACAUCCGCUACAUCCUCGAGAAGAUUCUAACCGACGUAUACUCGAAACGCAAGGUCUCAACACACGUCCUGCAGCGAAUUAGCGAGCGCCACCGCCAGUGGGCGGAGAGGCUGCCGUCAGGUCUGGUCUUCGAUGAGGUAAGCCCGGGCAAUUUCACCGAGGUAGACGGGAAGAAGGUGCAUAAUAUAGCCCUCCUCCACGUCAAAGAGGCCUACUACUGGACCAUCAUGCUCCUCACACGGCCAUUCCUCGUCGAGAACGUUCCGAAGCGGCUCCCGCUCGUGGUCAACUCGCUGUUCAUCGCCGCGCUAGUCCUUGGCCUGGCGCAAUUCGGCGACCUGGAUGGCAUGUUUCCCAUCGAGAAAGGUCUCGCCGGCGCGCAAGCGUUGCUAGGUGUCUUGGGCCGCCACGACGCAGUGGCGAGGAGCAACCUGGCAGCAGUCACGCACCUUCGCGCGGCGGGCGCCAUCUACCUCGAGGAGAGGGCACGGCGAAGGAUGGAGAGGCAGAGUCACCUCAUCAGUGGGCUCUUUGGGACAGUCCAUGGCGGUAGUGCGCCAUCGCAAGACCCGAUGAUGACAGAAAAUGUGACCCAGAGAACCGACCGUAGCUCUGAGCCGUCGGGUGUUCUGCCAACACCGGCAACGGGCUCACGAGACUCUUGUGGCCAGGAUGUCGGCAACUCCCUGAGGCUAAUCUGCUCCGGAACUCAGCCGCUCAUGGACUUGGAGGCUGAGAGCUUCCUGUCCGAUCUCGCUUCUGUCAUGGAUCUGACCCUCCCCAUGUCGCCGAGGCCACUCAUGUUUGACCUUGGUAUUCUUCCCUUCUCGGCCGAGGAUAUAAGCGAACCAGGCGCGAGGAAUAAUGUGUAG